CUAAACAGCAAAGGAGAGAGAGAGAGAGUGGGGAAGGGAGAAGCGAUGGCUCCGCUCGCGAUCGCGCCCGCGGCGGCGGAAACGGCGUUUCGGGAGCAGUGGGAAGUGGAGUUCGCGCGCUUCUUCACCCUACCUUGGCGCCGCGGCGGCGACGGCGACGCGCUUCCCGCGGCGGCGCGCUCGCCGCUCGCGAAGCGCCGCUCCGCCGACGCCGCUUCUAUCCUCUCCGUCUCCGUCGGCGACGACCUCUACGAGGAGCACUUCGUGUCGAAUCUCCACUUUUCAUGGCCACAGGUGUCGUGCGUCGCCGAGUGCCCGGUCAGAGGAAGCAGAGUCGUGUUCUUCAGCUACAGGGAUAGCUCGAGCCAGAUUCAAAAGUUUGCUGUGCGAUUCGCCAGUUAUUCCAUUGUGGAAGCAUUCUUAAGUUGUGUGAAGGAUUGCUUAAGGGAUGUAAUGGAUAUUGCACUACCCGGAAAUGAUUUGGUUUGUGAGAAUUCUUCCCUUUCUGAAUACACCGCUUCAAAUGGACUUCAUUACAAGUUUGAUGAGGAAUCAAGCUUCGAAAAGCCAAUCGCAGCUUAUCCUUUGAACAUGCGAGCAUCGAGUGACAAUGGGGAGCGGAGUCAACAGUCCCUUCAACCUGAAUUUGACAACAAUAUCGAAACCUUUUCCUCGGGCUUGCCUCCCAGUUUCACUGAGCUACUGCACAAUUCCUUAACAUAUACCCGAGAAGAGCAACCAAAUCCAAAGACUCAAACCAAUCGUGCUCUUUGCGUGGGACACCAGAUGGAUUCCACUUGCUCUAAUAUUCAGAUAUUUAAAUCCCCACGUUCUGGUUAUGCAAAUGAUGGCAGCAAAGAAACAAGCUCUAUGGAAGUAGGCAAUCUUAAAUCUCAAAUAGCGAAAUAUAUGACAGAUGCUUCCUUUCUCGAGAUGCUGUUCAAAUUAGAGAAAGUUAUCAAUGAAGUCGGUGGUGAUUUGUCGCUAUAGUUUUGCAUAAAUCUGUUACAUGAUAUUAUCUGUAUCAGAAGAUCUUAAAGGGAACACAAGUGCUUAUAAAACUCCCGCCUCUCUUGCGGUUUCUGAUGUAGCCAUAAUCAGAGACAUGACCUGCUGUAUGCAGUAAAGGUAGUGUAUGAUUCAUCUCGUACUGGUUCUAACUAGUUGAUUCGCGUUACUGAUGCCGUACUCAGUUCAAAAUUCGUUACAAAACUGUGAAUAUAUUUGGAAAUAUGCAUGCAUGAAGCACAAAAGGAUAAGAAUUCUAUCCGGAUUGUAAAGUAAUUUUCUGCAUCACAAUGUGCUCUACACUUGUCAAGCAUAUUUUACAUGCGUAGCGUGUUACUGAUGCAUAUAAAAAGCAUUGUUUUUU